AAUAAACAUAGAAAGAAUUCCUAAACCCUCGUCGAGGAGAGGAGAGGCGGCCAUUGAAGGCGGAGCGCUGCAUAUUUGGAAGCUUACAACGAACCUUUGACAUGCUCUGAGAUUCUCCGGCACCUCACUCUCGACCAUCUAUGGCGUGCAAUUCCUCAACCUGCCAAUCCAACUGCUACAGAAAUCAAGAUGACGAAGAAACACUUGAACAACAUUCGCCUCCAGCAAACAAGGCCGAGGCAGCCGCCGCCAUGGAGUCCUGUCCAGUUGACACGAACGGCGACGGCAACACGCAUCUCUGCUUCAAAUGCAAGUCCAACGAGCGCAUGUCGAGCUCUGGGGUAGGAGACGAUGGCCGAUUUUGCAGCGGUUGCUUUCGGAGCAACUUGUUUGCUAAGUUCCGGCUGGCCGUAACCUCGAACGCCAUGAUCUCUCCUUCUGAUAAAGUGCUUGUUGCCUUCUCUGGGGGUCCUUGUUCCAGGGUGGCUUUGCAAUUUGUCCAUGAGUUGCAAGUGAAAGCACACAAAAAUUUUGAAGCGAGUAGGGAUAGAUCAUUACAAGUUUUUGGUGUUGGAGUUGCUUAUAUCGACGAAACAUCUGCUUGUUCUAUCCCUUCACACGAGAUGGACAGUGCAAUUGAAACCAUCCAAUCAGUUGUGUCAAAUCUACGGCCACCAAGUAAAGAGUUGCAUAUUGUUCAAAUUGAGAGUGUAUACUCUUCAAAUUUGGGUGAUAGAAGGGAGAAGUUGAAGAAGUUGCUAGAUACUGUCAAUGAUGUCACAGGAAAGGAAGACCUUCUCUCACACUUGCGGAUGUUAUCCUUGCAAAAAAUUGCUACUGAGAAUGGAUAUAAUAGACUUCUAGUCGGGACAUGUACCUCAAGGAUUGCUCGGCACGUGAUUUCUUCCACUGUUAAGGGCCAAGGGUAUUCCUUGCCGGCAGAUAUACAGUAUGUUGAUGCAAGGUGGGAGGUCCCAGUGGCACUUCCUCUACGUGACUGUAUUGCACAAGAGCUCCACAUGCUCUGCUGUGUUGAUGGUCUGAAGACAGUGGAACUGGCCAAAAAUUCCUUCUCUGGCAUCAAUGGCUUGGUGUCAUCAUUUGUAGCUCUAUUGCAGGAAGAGAAUCCAUCUCGUGAGUCUACAAUUGUGAGAACUGCUGGCAAGCUUACUCCGUUCAAUUUUAGCAGGAUUCCAGAUUUGGAUGAAAGUAAUAAUGUUCCUUUGGCCACCAAAAGGCGUCAAAAGAGAAAUAACGUUAAGCAUGUUAACUCCAUAUCGUCAGAGUCAUUUUGUGCAGUCUGCAAUAGCCCACUUAACAUAUCUGAUGUGCAAACUUUAAGAAGUUGUGAAACUAGUCCGGAGACUGCUAAUAUUUUGAGUGGUACCUGGUGUUCGAGUUGUCAAUUUCAGAUUCUUCCUAAGGAUUCCACGUCACAAGAACUUUUUCUUUCACUCUUGCCACCCUCUAUGGUUGCUCGAGCAAUUCACGGCAGCACUGGAAAUUCCAAUUCGCUAAGGGAGCAAAUACAGGAGUUCUUGCUCUCAGAUGAUGAAGCCGAAUCAUAAUUCGGGAAGAAGCCCCAAGAAGCAUCAAACAUUUCCAAUGAGAUUUUGACAACUGGCGAUGGGCGAAGACAAUUGAAUGGGCAUUUGUAGAUUUUAAUGUAAGGGGAGGCAUUGGCUUUCUUCCUCUUAUCUGCGGUUUGUUUUCUUGUCUAAAGCGUACAGUUUAUUUAUAUAGAAACAAAUCAUUUUUCUGUACUGGUACGUAUCUAUUUUAGGUUCCAAAUGUGCUAGACAGCCAGAUUAUUCAUCACAUAAUAUGCUGAUUAUGAAAGAUCUUUACAUGUUUAAUUGAA